GGGAUCUUGACACUUUUCAUGUAGCUCAACCCACCACAUGUACUAUGUACUGCUGUACCGUUGUACCCACACUACUAGGUACCUAGUACUAGGUACCUAGUACAUGCAUGCACAUACCAAAAUAUUCAACGCCUACGCUAAGCAGCUAAUAAGGCGCUAGAUGACCUCGGUAGUACGGUACUAUGACACUCACCGCCUUGCCUAAUUAGGUACUAGGCUAGUUAGUACUAGCUAUUUUUUCUUCCAAUUCUAUGAUACUCGGCAGAAUUUCUUUAUCGAUUCGAUAAGUUUUCAAUCGGUUUCUUUUUUUUUUUUUGGUAGUAAGGCACCUUACUCGACAAUCCAACCUCAAGAAAAACGCAGCCAUGUCGACCCCGAGACCAGAAUUUCUCAAGUUCACAGGCCACAAGUCGUUCACCAGCCGGCUGAUACUUUCGACGCUGACCGGCCGGCCCAUCCACAUAUCCAAGAUCCGCGGGAACUCGCCCACGAAUCCCGGCCUCGCCCCGCAUGAGGUCUCGUUCUUGCGUCUCCUCGAAGCCGUCACCAAUGGCAGCUCCAUGCAGAUCUCCUACACGGGCACCACCAUAACCUACCAGCCGGGCCUCAUCACCGGCGCCAUCCCGGGCUUCGGCGCCGCGGACGACGACGUCGUCGAGCACCACAUCCCGGCCACCUGCACGCGGGGCGUCACCUACUUCCUCCUGCCCCUCUGCCUCCUCGCCCCCUUCGCCAAGUCGCACAUGAACGUGCGCUUCACCGGCCCCGGCGUCAUCACCUCGACCACCGAAACAGGCGACCUCUCCGUCGACUCCUUCCGCACGGCCAUCCUCCCCCUCUACAACCUAUUCGGCAUCCCCGCGGCGCGGAUCGAGCUGCGCGUGCUGCAGCGGUCGUGCCCGGGCCCGCACGGCAGCGGCGGCGCCGGCGUCGUCGAGCUGCGCUUCGCGAGCCAGGUGCGCCUGCCCAAGACCCUGCACCUCAACCGCAGCCCCGGCCGCAUAAAACGCAUCCGCGGCGUCGCCUACUCCACCGGCGUCUCCGCCUCCAACAACGCCCGCAUGAUCCACGCCGCCCGCGAGAUCCUCAACCCCCUGAUCUCCGACAUCCACGUCGCCGCGCAGUACGACCAGGCGCCGCUGGUCCCCGAUGCGGCGGAUAAGUCCGGCAGCAAGAAGAGGAUGGGCAUUGGGUUUGGCCUGAGCCUGGUGGCCGAGUCGAGCGCCGUCGGCGUCAUCUACUCGGCGGACGUCGUGGUGCCGCCCAAGGGUGGCGUGGUUCCCGAGGAUGUGGGCAAGAGGUGCGCAUACCAGCUCCUAGAAACGAUAAAAAUGGGGGGGUGUGUGAGCGGGCCGGCGACAGGGACGGUGCUCACGCUGAUGGCCAUGGGGUCCGAGGACGUGGGGCGUUUACGACUGGGAAGGGAUGUGGUGGGCACAGAAGAAGUCAUAGGGCUCGCACGGGAUCUCAAGAAGUUUGGGGCUAGCAGUUGGGGGUUGAGAGAUGUAGAGGACGACGACACGGGCGACAUCAUAAUAUCGGUGAAGGGGACUGGAGUCGGCAAUGUUGGCAGGAAGAUCGCCUAGUAACAAG